GCAGGAGCUCGGACCCAAGGCCGCCGCCGGGCCCGCACCCCGCGCGCCAUGGCCGCGCCCCGCGCUCUGGCGGCCGGCGCGCCCGCGCCCGGGAAGGCCGCGCUCACGCACCCGGGGAAGGCCAUCCUGGCAGGCGGCCUGGCGGGCGGCAUCGAGAUCUGCAUCACCUUCCCCACCGAGUACGUGAAGACGCAGCUGCAGCUGGACGAGCGCGCGCACCCGCCGCGCUACCGGGGCAUCGGGGACUGCGUGCGGCAGACGGUCCGCGACCACGGCGUCCUGGGCCUGUACCGCGGCCUCAGCUCCCUGCUCUACGGCUCCAUCCCGAAGGCGGCCGUCAGGUUCGGGACCUUCGAGUUUCUCAGCAACCACAUGCGGGACGCCCAGGGACGUCUGGACAGCACGCGCGGGCUGCUGUGCGGCCUGGGCGCCGGCGUGGCCGAGGCCGUGGUGGUCGUGUGCCCCAUGGAGACCAUCAAGGUGAAGUUCAUCCAUGACCAGACCUCCCCCAGCCCCAGAUACCGCGGGUUCUUCCACGGGGUCAGGGAGAUCGUGCGGGAGCAAGGGCUGAAGGGGACGUACCAGGGCCUCACGGCCACCGUGCUGAAGCAGGGCUCCAACCAGGCCAUCCGCUUCUUCGUCAUGACCGCCCUGCGCAACUGGUACCGAGGGGACAACCCCAACAAGCCCAUGAACCCGCUCAUCACCGGUGUGUUCGGAGCGGUUGCGGGUGCCGCCAGCGUCUUCGGGAACACACCCCUGGACGUGAUCAAGACCAGGAUGCAGGGCCUGGAGGCGCACAAGUACCGCAGCACGUGGGACUGCGGCCUGCAGAUCCUGAGGAAGGAGGGGCCCAAGGCGUUCUACAAGGGCACCAUCCCCCGCCUGGGUCGCGUCUGCCUGGACGUGGCCAUCGUGUUCGUCAUCUACGACGAGGUGGUGAAGCUUCUCAACAGAGUAUGGAAGACAGACUGAGCCGGUCCCGCGCGGCGCCCGCCGCGCCCCUCACAGUCCCAGUGCGGUCGUGCCAAAAGGCUCCCUUCCCCGUCCCUCGCCCUCCGCGGCCCGGGGCUGCCCGCUGCGGCCGUCUUGUCCACCUGUCCCCGUGGUCUGUAUGAUCCCACCGCGGGGUCCGUGUGUCCCACUGAGGCUGGGUGUCCCACUGGUCCACGUGCUUACUCGUGUGCCUGUGUUUCAUGUUUCGUGUCCUGUGACCCUGUGCCCCACUUCCCGGGGUGCCCGUGUGGCCUGGGUCACGGCCCUGUAGCCAUGGCCCGGUCCCAGCCCGGUGCCUUCCACCCUGGGCAGCAGGGGCACCGCCCCGGCCUACCACAGCUGCCUCCGGGCCUCAGCCUGGCCUCACUGCAUUCCAGGGGCUGCGUGCCCCCCGCUUCUCCCGCCACUGGCCUUAACCGGCCCUCGGGCCCUCCCUCCGCCCGGGACAGGGUGGCACCUGCCACUCUCAGGACCACCCUUCCAAGGCAGAAUAAACUGGAUCCUGUUGCA